AUUCAAUUACCCCUCAUUUAAGCCCUGUUAGAUCCCAGUUGAUUUGUUAUGCUUUUUGAUGUAACUAUAACGAUAAGGAGACCCUUUUCAGAAGCAGCUGUUCUUUGAGUUCCCUUCCCUUUUCUCUACAUCUACAUCAUUUUCCUAAAUAUUUAUGAUAUCAAGACAGGUCAUCAUUAAACAACAUUUGUACCCCCCAUGGCACUACCGACCUACCAAGAUCGUAAUGGCUUGAUUGCUCUUUCUACUGUGCUACCAGUUUUGAGCACUGAAAUCAUUGGUUUGCGAUUUUGGGUUCGUUUAAAGAAAAGGGCAACCUUGGAGUUUGAUGAUUGGGUGCAAUUUCCAUCUCUUGUACGUUAUUCAAUUGAUCAAGACGUCAAAUCCACCUAGAAAAUGCUGACUCCAUAUGUUUUGAGACAUUGUUCAUUGGAAUGUCAAUAAUCACACUAAUUGGCAAGUCUUUCUUGAAAUGAAGAAACUUCCAACGGUUCACGACUGACAAUCAUAGGGGUUGCGAAUGAAGCUUUGGCUACCAGACGACACCAGGUCCACCGACUGAAACUACAGCAUCGACCAUUUUGUGCGAAAAAGUAACACUCCAGCUUGUUGGACUCUUUUCUUCGCUAAUAUCAUCUUAAGCUCCUUUACGCAAUCCAGCACAUCCAAAUUCUAGCUCUCACACUUAUAAAGCUCUCGGCGCUCGCUUUCUACCGGCGCAUUUUCUGCGCUGUCAAACCUAGCCCGCUGAAUUAUAUCAUAUGGACCUUGAUUGGUCUAUGUGUAGCAUGGGCAAUUGCAUUUGUAUCAUUUUAUGCUGCGAGCUGCGGAUCGCAUCCUCAAGCCACGUGGCAGGGAAUCUUUCCUUUCAUCCAAUAUUGCUUGGUCCUGAGUGAGAAAUUUGAAGAAAGCUUCGCUAUCUCGGAUUUUAUCCUUGAUACUCUCGUUUUGGUCGUACCCCUACCUUCGGUCGGAGUCCCUGAAUGGAAUAGGAAGGUUCAUUGCUGAUAUCCCUACAGAUUUGGAGUUUAAAAAUAACCCAGGGUCGUAAGAUUGGCUUGACUGGAGUGUUCAUGCUCGCAUUGAUGUGAGUGUUAUUUGAUGUUUUAGAAAAUGAAUGAAGCUGAAAUUUGACAUAGUGGCUAUGGCGCGUCUACAGCAAGAUGUAAGUAUAGGUUUCAUGUUUGAGAAUGAAGAGACAGUUGACUUUUAUUUUCACAGUGGUUAUCUUUGUGAGGCUCGCAAAUGCUUUUAGACGAACCGCUGCUCCAGAUAUCCAACGUAGGAUUUUUUAAAAAGCAUGUUGUUUCAUCUAUACUGACCACUCACAGUCCAAGACUCGGAGGCAGUUUGGUUUUCGAUGCUUGAAACUGGCUUCGCCCUCAUUGCCGUCAACCUCCCGUCCCUCUGGGGUUUAAUCUCCCAAUUCUCACCUGAAUCAAUCAUACGCUCUGUCCGGAGCCUAAUCUCACUUCGUAGCAACCUUUCCAGCCACCACAGUACUCGUGGAGGCGUUGGCGAUCCACUUUCAUAUACUCGGAAGAAUUCAUCAUCAGCUUCACAAAACAUCGAGUUAGUAUCGCCUAACGACAUUGCUGAUUUUAGCAUUACAGCUGAAAGAGCCAGAGCUCAGAACCAUGAUCACGACCUCGAAAGUGGGAUACAGGUACAGCAGAGCGUGCAAAUCUUAUCUCAAGAACGCAUAAAGAGUGUCAAAGGAAGGGAUAUACCGAGUAAAUGAUUGAUUGAAUGUUGCCAGAUUUGACAGCGGUAUUAUUUUCGUUGGUAAAACAGGUUUCGAAGGGCUUAUACUAGAUUCGUUUACUCUUCUUUCUUUGAGGGCUGUAAUAGAAUCAGUAGAGACGUUGGUCUUGUGAAUAAGAGCUGACAUCAACGACUGGACGUGAUACAUGUUUCGGAGACUCGAGGGGCGAUGAACUUGGCAGCCCAGCUGCUCAAAUACAUCUUGUUUGGGAGGUUCAUGUAAAUUUCAAUGAUUUGAUUCUGGAGUUCUGUCUAAAAUACGUG